AUGAACGCCAGAGCACUUCUUUACUCCUUCUCUCCGAAGCCCAAUAUCGCCCCGCCCCAUUUUUUGGCCACCAAGAGAAGUUUCAGCGCCGAUAACCCGAGACCCCAAACUCCAUUUCAGUUUCGAGUGCGGAUUCGGAACCGGGUGCAGUACUGCUGUUUCGUUCGCGUUUCGGGCGGCGGAGGCGGAAACUGGAGGGGCGGGAAAGUGUUUGCGGACGUUAAAUCGGAGGCGUACGACAUAUCGGAAUCCGUGGAUAAGUUCGACAAGGGGUUGAACGAUGUCGUUUCGGGGAAGGAGGAUUUGGAAGCGGAGGUUUCGUGGUUACAAGAGUUUCCGAAACGGUGGGUCAUUGUCGUUUUGUGCUUUUCGGCUUUCCUUCUAUGCAACAUGGACAGAGUAAAUAUGAGCAUUGCAAUACUGCCCAUGUCAGCAGAGUACAAUUGGAACCCAGCAACUGUGGGUUUGAUACAAUCUUCUUUCUUCUGGGGAUACCUCCUCACUCAGAUUGCUGGUGGAAUAUGGGCAGAUACAGUAGGUGGGAAGCAAGUACUGGCAUUUGGAGUCAUUUGGUGGUCCAUUGCUACUAUUCUCACUCCUGUUGCUGCUAAAAUUGGAUUGCCUUUCCUACUAGUUGUUCGCGCUUUCAUGGGGAUUGGUGAGGGUGUUGCUAUGCCUGCCAUGAAUAAUAUACUGUCAAAAUGGAUUCCAGUAGCAGAGAGAAGUAGAUCUUUGGCUUUGGUUUACAGUGGAAUGUAUCUUGGGUCGGUCACCGGCUUGGCCUUUUCGCCAUUUCUAAUACAUCAGUUUGGAUGGCCAUCUGUCUUUUACUCCUUCGGUUCCCUGGGGACGGUCUGGUUCUCUGUAUGGCUAAGUAAGGCACAUAGUUCACCUCUCGAGGAUCCAGAGCUGCGACCGGUGGAGAAGAAGCUUAUUCUUGCAAGUAGUAUUUCCAAGGAACCUGUUAAAGCGAUUCCUUGGAAAUUAAUUUUGUCAAAAGCACCUGUUUGGGCCCUGAUAGUGUCUCACUUCUGCCACAAUUGGGGAACAUUUAUUCUUCUCACAUGGAUGCCAACAUACUAUAACCAAGUACUGAAGUUCAAUCUUACCGAAUCAGGGCUAUUCUGCGUCCUGCCCUGGUUAACAAUGGCAUUUUCUGCAAAUCUUGGUGGUUGGAUUGCAGACACACUAGUCAGUAAGGGUUUCUCCGUGACAAGGGUUCGGAAGAUUAUGCAAACAAUUGGGUUUUUAGGCCCCGCUUUCUUCCUAACACAGUUGAGCCAUAUUAAUUCUCCUGCAAUGGCUGUUCUAUGUAUGGCAUGCAGUCAGGGAACUGAUGCAUUCUCACAAUCUGGUCUAUAUUCAAACCAUCAAGAUAUCGCCCCACGAUAUUCUGGGGUAUUGCUUGGUUUGUCAAAUACUGCCGGAGUGCUGGCAGGUGUCUUUGGAACGGCGUCCACCGGUUACAUCUUACAACAUGGUUCUUGGGACGAUGUGUUCAAGGUUUCAGUAGGGCUUUACCUGGUCGGAACUGUUGUCUGGAAUCUUUUCUCAACCGGCGAAAAGGUCAUAGAUUAGUUCACAGAUAACUUGAUCCUUAACAAUCGCUCGGGGCUUCGAUCCUGAAUACAGAAGUACCAAGAACGCCAUGAAAUUCGAUUUGCAAGGAAAGAUACAUCUUUUUGUUGAGAUUUUUGGACUUGAAGGAGAAUUGUUCGAAGAUUUUGACAUGGAACGGCGAGCUUGAAAUCUGAAGAGGGAAGUGCAACAUAUGUGGUUUGAUAAAUUUGGUUGCAUUUCAUACCCAUUUUCAUGAAAGAUGAAUAUAUAGAAAAAUUAAAUGACCUCAA